AUGGAAUCCUGUCGCUUUGAUCGUGCAAUCAGCGACAAUGAACCAGUCUCCUGGGUACUCCAGAACAAUGAGUAUACUUUGUCUUUGCUCUGCACUGAAUUUGAUCCUUUUUCUUCUACAUCUGCUACAUCUGGAACUGGGUCUACUAGACACAGUACCCCAGCUUCUAUCCAGCCGACUUGUAAAUCUCGAACUACCAGUGAUCUUAAAGACGAGUGGAUUAGGCCUCUUAACAUUCCAGGCCAUAUCAUCAAGAACAAUCCUAAUCCUCCACUGCUGCUUGCCUAUGAAAAAUACAAGGCUUACUGCCAGGCAUCCAACAGAUUGGAUACUAUGCACACAGAUGGAUCCUGGCCUGAUAACUGUCAAAAACCAACUGCGACAGAGCUUAUUGAGAUAUUUGUUGCUAAGUCAACCUGGUAUUCUGCAUAUCGAACAGCUUUCGCAGAGGUUGCAAGGAACUAUUCAGAUAUGCAGGCAUAUCUUGAUGGAGAUGCUAAAUGCCCUACUGAUAAAGAAAUCUGGGGUUAUAAUGAACCUGAGGGAUACUCACUCACUGAUCUCAACAAGUGGUUGGCAGAGAAAAAGCAAGUUAAGAGGGGAAAAGAGAAGGGGAAAGAGAAACCUAAGGCUUCAGGUAGUGGAUCCAAAAAGAAGAAGUCAGAUGGAAAUAAGGAAAGCAAGAAAAGGUUUUACUUGACAUUGCUUGUUCAACUUUCUUGGGCCUACUCUCUGUGA